GCUUGGGCCAACUAAAGCACAGGAACAGCACUACAAAAGCUGCGUACUGAGUUGGAUACCUUUUUUCAUACUUUACUCCAUCUACCAACUACAAGUGCACCGCGGUUAAUGACAACACGGCCUCACCUAAGUUGUAAACGUGUAUAGUAAGAUUAAAAAAAUUACCCCUGGUGUGACCGUCACGUUGGAAAGUUCGAUUGCGGUGUUGCUGCGGAAAUGAACAACACCGGCGGGCUAUUUACAGGGCUUCAACGGCCAUUUUCAGCUCGGCGGAAAAAAACGGAGGAUCUGGGGCCUGCAGACGGAGGGCCUGGAGGCAGCGGUUCUGGCGAUGGGGCUGUAUCCGAGGCAACACGCCUACGGGUUGAGGCUGCUAAGCAGUUUAUAGAAAAUAUGUUCCACGUUCAACAUCAGAACAUUGCGGAGCGUUAUGCGAGACGCAACGCCCUGGAGCGGGAGCUACAACGCGAGGGCCUGCCGGACGAUCAAAAGCGGCAGAUCAUCUCACAGCUGGAGAAGCGGGAAAGCGACUACACGCGGUUACAGCGGCAGCGCAUGACCGCUGACGACUUUGAACCGCUCAGCAUCAUCGGCCGGGGUGCCUUUGGGGAGGUCCGCAUUGUGCGCGAGAAGUCGACCAGCAAGAUCCUGGCCAUGAAAAAACUGAAGAAGUCGGAGAUGCUCAAGCGAGGCCAGGUUGAGCACGUGAAGGCGGAGCGCAAUGUGCUGGCGGAGGUGCAGAACCCCUACAUCGUCAAGCUCUACUACUCCUUCCAGGACGAGGACUACCUGUACCUAGUCAUGGAGUACCUGCCGGGCGGGGACACCAUGACGCUGCUCAUGCGCAAGGACAUCCUGACGGAGGAGGAGACGCGGUUCUACAUCGCAGAGACCAUCCUAGCCAUCGAGUCGAUCCACAAGGCGGGCUACAUCCACAGGGACAUCAAGCCGGACAACCUGUUGCUCAGUCGCGAGGGGCAUGUGAAGCUGUCGGACUUUGGGUUGUGCAAGCCGGUAGACGUGCACGCGCUGCCGACCCUGGCGGAGGGCGAGGAGUACACCGACGCAGGGAUGGUUCCCUCCACCUCCAUGCGCCCCCAGGCCGAGCAGCUGGCGCAGUGGCAGAAGAACCGCCGCCAGCUGGCCUUCUCUACCGUUGGCACUCCCGACUACAUCGCCCCCGAGGUGCUGCUGAAGAAGGGCUACGGCAUGGAGUGCGACUGGUGGUCGCUGGGCGCCAUCAUGUUUGAGAUGCUGGUGGGAUACCCGCCCUUCUACAGCGACGAGCCGCUCACCACCUGCCGCAAGAUCGUCAACUGGCGCAUGUUCCUGCGCUUUCCGGAGGAGGCGCGGCUGUCACCGGCGGCGCGCGACCUCAUCUGCCGCCUGAUGUGCGAUGUGGACGACAGGAUCGGGACGCGCGGCGGCGUGGAGGAGAUCAAGAGCCACCCCUUCUUCGCCUGCGUGGAUUGGGCCGGCCUGCACCUGAGCCCCGCGCCCUACGUGCCGCGUGUGGAUCACGAGCUCGACACCCAGAACUUUGAGGCGUUCGACGAGGAGAGCAGCGGGCACCACCGCAGCGAGGGCAUGCAGGGCCGCGGCAGCAAGUGGCUGGCCAAGGCGGACCCGCACUUCAUUGGGUACACGUACAAGAACUGGGAGGCGGUGACGCCCGAGGAUGCGGGCCUGGGCGCUCUGCAGCUAAAGAAGAGGCCCAUUAACCGACCCAGUCUGAACCAGGUUCAGAACAACCUGCAGACGAUGACACUGGAAGAAAGCCCUGGCAUGGGGCAGCAGCUGUAGCGCCGCAACGGAACUGAGAUGGCGCCGUGUGUUUCAAUGCGAUUUACCGUUUGAGGGAAUGGGCGUCCUGAGGGUGCGGGGCACGCUUGUUUUUCCCAAGGUGUACAUUGGUCGUGAGCUGCGGAGAUGCGUGUACAUCAUUAACGCCUGCCUGUUUUGUUGCUGGGCUUGCAUGCCUGCUGAGCCGUGCGUUUUGGAGCCCACUGCGCGCCUAGCGGAGCAUGCAGAAGCGAUAUG